CACUGGCAAGCCUUCCAUUCAGUAAAGUAUUGGAUCAAAUAAACACAGUUACACAAUCUCGAGCUGUCACUUGCUUUAUCUGCAGUGUGUAUUGUUCUACCACAUGCGAUUAUGGGCAGCUGCUUGACUGUAGGACCGAAUGAAGCCCUCGUUGUAUCAGGUGGCUGUUGUGGAUCGGACAGUAAGACCUAUGUGGUGGGUGGAUGGGCUUGGGCGUGGUGGUUCCUAUCUGAUGCACAAGCACUUACGCUUGAGAUUAUGACUUUACAACCCAAGUGUGAAAGCGUGGAGACGGCGGAAGGAGUGGCCAUUACAGUCACCGGAGUAGCUCAGGUGAAGGUUAUGACUGACUGCGACUUGCUGGCUAUUGCUUGUGAGCAGUUUUUGGGGAAGUCUGUUAUGGAAAUAAAGGCUGUGGUGCUGCAAACUCUAGAAGGGCAUUUACGCUCAAUUUUAGGUACUUUAACAGUUGAACAAAUCUACCAGGACAGAGACAAAUUUGCUCAGCUCGUGCGUGAGGUCGCAGCACCCGAUGUGGGCCGAAUGGGCAUCGAGAUCCUAAGCUUCACCAUCAAAGAUGUGUACGAUAAGUUGGACUACCUGAGCUCGCUGGGGAAAACGCAGACGGCUGCUGUACAGAGGGACGCAGACAUCGGUGUAGCCGAGGCAGAAAGAGAUGCCGGAAUUAGAGAAGCUGAGUGCAAGAGAGAGAUGAUGGAUGUGAAGUUCUUAGCCGACACCAAAAUGGCUGACUCCAAGAGGGAGCUGGAGCUUCAGAAGGCAAUGUUUAACCAGGAAGUGAACACUAAGAAAGCAGAGGCUCAGCUGGCAUACGAGCUCCAGGCAGCUAAGGAGCAGCAGAAAAUCCGUCUGGAGGAGAUUGAGAUUGAGGUGGUGCAGAGGAAGAAGCAGAUUACCAUCGAGGAGAAAGAAAUCGACAGGACCGAAAAGGAGCUGAUCGCUACAGUCAAGCGUCCUGCCGAGGCCGAGGCUUACAAGCUGCAGCAGCUGGCAGAAGGCCACAAGGUAAAGAAGGUGUUGAUCGCACAUGCCGAGGCGGAAAAGAUUCGGAAGGUCGGAGAGGCGGAGGCUAAAUCUAUUGAAGCGGUGGGCAAAGCCGAGGCGGAGAAAAUGAAGCUGAAGGCAGAAGCCUACCAGCAGUAUGGGGACGCAGCCCAGACCGCUCUGGUCUUAGAGGCACUUCCAAAGAUUGCUGGCAAAGUGGCUGCACCUCUGUCCAAAACCAAUGAGAUUGUGAUUCUAAGCGGAGAGAGCAGCAAAGUGACCGGGGAAGUGACUCGCCUACUGGCUGAGCUUCCUGUCACUGUCAAUGCCCUCACAGGAGUGGAUCUGUCCAAGAUGCCUCUGCUACAGAAGAUGACCAGUGCUCAAGCCUGAAAUGUGAUUGAGUUCGAUCCCAUUUUUUCUUAAUAUAUUUUAUGCACUCACUAUGAAUGCCUUUGGAACACUACGAGUUAAAAUGGCGACAUUCAGAAAUGAUUUUUGAUGCCUCUGGUGCCUUAAUGUUUUAUAGGACCAGAAUAUUUGCAUGUACUGCUGCUCCUCAUUUCCCGUUCAUGUUUCUGUGUUGUUCUUAUUUAUUCGUGACUCAUUGGGUACAUUAUACUACAUAUUGGAAGAUGCUAACCUACAGAUUUUUGUUGUUGUGUUAUAUUCUGUAUGCACGUAAACUCCUGUUUCAUUAAUAGGGUGUUUUUGUUAACUUUUAAGCUGUCUGUGGUGCGGGCCCUUAUGUUUCAUAGUGUACAAUUAUUUUAGGAAUUGCUAAAAUUGCUGUUCAAGUCUACAGAGUACUCUCUCUCUCUCUCUCUCUCUCUCUAUCUAUAUAUAUAUAUAUAUAUAUAUAUAUAUAUAUACACACACACACACACUACCAGUCAAAAGUUUGGACACCUUCUAAUUCCAUAGUCCCUUAUUUCUCCUUCUUUCUACACUGUAAUACAAUGUUUAAAGCAUCCAAAAUAUGCUAUAAUGUCCUUUAAACAAUUGAUGUUGAGAUGUGUCUGCUUCUUAUGCUCUGUCAAACCUUCAUAAUGGCUCUAAUCUGAGGUGCUGUUAAUUGGUGAUUUUUGAGGCUGGUAACUCUAAAUGUACUUCUCUGCAGCAGAGAUAAGUACAGAGAUGAGCCAGUUUCAUCAUGGUGCUUGAUGGGUUUUGUAAAUGCACUUGACAAUACUGUAAUUGCAAGAACAAUUCCAGAGCAGCUGACUUUCAUGUCUUAAAAUAAGAACUUACUUCUUGUUGUUUCAUAAUUACUUAAUGCCAAAUGUGUUAUUUUAGGAAAAAUCUAGUAUUGAAAAUAAAUCCAAACUUUUGACAGGUACUAUAUGUAUAUACAGUAUACAUGUGUGUAUGUGUGUGUGGUUUAUACACACACACA